AUGGCGUUGUUUGAAGAGGCCAACUGCGAUCGAAACGCGACCGCUCCUAUAGCCAGCGACGCGGGCGUCGCAGGUGCUGGUAUCCUAUUGUCCUUCAUGAUCACGGCGUUGCUUGCCGUCAUCUUAUCGAGCAGUGUCAUCUUCGCGGAGAUGCGAGGCAAGGAGUCUGUCAUCCGACGAAAGCUACUCAACGGCUACAGCGACUCUCAGAUUAUGCAGGGAAUUGGUAUCCAGAGUGUUGGGCUCGCCAAAAUGAACAGCCUCGUGCCGUAUCAUUUCUUUCUCAUAUGGAUGCUGUCGCUUCUUUCCAUGGCGACCCACAACACGACACUGCUGGCCCUUAAGCAAGAUUACCGCCGCGAUUGGGUGAUUCGAUGGAUGCGACAAUUCCUCAUGUUCGUUAACUUGGCACUGUCUUGUGUCUCUGGUGUCUUUGUUCUCGAGGGAGUUUCGAAAGGCUUGGACGAUAAGACUCUGCCAGUUUCAUGUGUUUGGAAAGUUGACAGUAAAGGGGCUGCGUCCAUGGCUGGGCUGUCUUAUGUUGGGACAAUCGUCGUUAUUGCCGGUAACUGCAUCGUCUUCGGUCUGGCUACCUGGUAUCUCCACAGCAAGCAGCAGCGGUUCUACAAAGCCAUACAGAUUGCUGGGUUGGUUUUGAUGACAGCCAUUGCUAUUGGCGCCGCUAUUCGAAUUAUUCUGCUGUCCCAGGCAUUUGGCAACCCAUCGAUCGAGCUGAAAGACCAGGGCGAGACUGACUGGAGUUUCGGGCAGCUUCUCUCCAUGCUCCUUCUCAUCCUUCCACUGGUAAACGUCAUUGAGAUUUACCGAGGAGAAAUGCAAAUGGCAGCGCCUGUCCGAGAUGAGCGAGCAAAAGUCUACGACGGCGAGCUACAGGACAACCCACAGGGGUCGAGAACAAAUCUUUUCCAAAAAUAG